AUGCUUGGAAUGGCUUACCAUGAACUUUUGGCAAAAACUAGAAGCAUCAUUGAAUCAAUAGUUUCUUUAUUAGCUCCGAAUAAUGCUGAAGAAGUUUUGGAUUCGCUAUGCAGUGGAAAUGAGAGUGAAAAUCCAGUAGUGUUGGAUGGAAAGUUUUUGUCCGUAAUAAAAGGAGUAACACAAGCGUAUCAAAAUGCUGACGACUGGCCUACGAGGCGAAUAACACCUUCUUUGGGUGCGUUAAGUAAACCAUACGAGCUAUAUAUUUUGCUUAUCUUAUUAUUAUCAAAACCUCUUAUGGGAAAAAAGCCUAUUGAUCCAGUUAUCCGGGCUCAGGCGGUGGCCUUACAUGGUGCCGGUCUCAACCAGGUUCAAAUUUCAAAACAACUAAAGAUCUCAAGAAGUUGUGUUCAAAAUACGAUCAAAAAGUAUGAAGAGCUAUUUCGAUAUAAUGAUUUGAAACACACCGGACGUCCAAAAAAACUUUCUGAUCGUGAAGUUCGGCAUUUGAAAAAAUUGGUCAAAGGAGAUUCCCGCCUCAGCGCUGCGAAAAUAGCGUCGGACUUGACCAACAGCUUACCAAAACCGGUUACAAUACGAACAGUACGCCGAUAUUUGAAAGAUCUUGGCUUUGAGUACGUAGUGAAAAUCAAGAAACAGUGGUUAAGUGCCCGACAUUGGCAACAGCGUGUUGCCUGGUGCACACAACAUUUGAGCUGGACACAUGAUGACUGGCGGAAGAACAAACGAAUACCGGUAAUUGGCAUAUGGGGCGGCAUCUCGCGUUUCGGUACAACCGCUGCUAAGAUUUACACGCAAAAUAUGAAUGGUCAAUUAUAUUGCGAUGUUUUGCAGAAAGAACUACAGCAAUCCAUGACAAAAAUACUGAAGAAAACUGAAAUAAUCUUCCAACAAGACCUGGCUCCAUGGCAUACAUCAAAUAUAUUGAAAGAUAAAAUUGCCAAAUUGAAAUUGAAAGUAUUCGACUGGGCCUCUAAAAGUCCAGCCCUCAGCCCGAUAGAGAUGCUGUGGUCCAUUUUGGACAAAAAAUUGGCUUCAAAACGAUUUAUUUCAAAGGAGCCUUGA